GUUAAACUUUGUCGUUAAGUUGAUAAUACCAAAAGCAUGAGUAUAGAAAGGAAACCAACAGUAGUCUACUGUUAAAACUAUAGUAAUCAUAGUAUAAUUGUAAAUUUUACAUGCUUCAUUACUAUAUCCUUUAUAAAGACAAGGAUAUUCAUAUAUAUUUCAUAUUACAUAAUAUAUGUUCUGGAAUUUAUACGCUACUUAUACCUUAGUAAUUACUUUAUUCAGUAGUAUAAAACAUACGUCUAAUUCACCGUUACAUUCAAGAGAUUAUGUGAAUUCUAUUGAUCAUUCUAAAUUUGACAAUAUAAAUAAUGAAGAUUUAUUAAUACAUGAUGUAUUACCUUAUAUUCCAACAUCAGUUGAACCGUCGUCGUCGUCGUCCUCGUCGUCAUCAUCGUUAUUAUUGCCGACAAUAAGGUCAGUAUCAUCAUCUAUUUCAUCAAUACCAAAUGAAGAAGAAAUAUUACGUUUACAAUUAGCACUAGCUUUACAAAUUGAUGCAGAAGUGAAUAAAGCAAUUCAUUUAGAGAAUGCUGCUAGUGAAUCAAUUCAACAAGCUGAUUUAUUAAAUAAAGCAGCUGAUGAAGCUAAAUAUCGUGCUCAACUUGUUGGACAAAUAUUGAACUCAUUAAAACAAUCAUGGAAUACUACUACUACUAGUAAUAAUAACAAUAAGGAUAAUAUCAUUGAUAAUUUUUCAAAUGAUGAUAACAUUCAUGAGAAGCGAGCAUUUAUAGAAGUGCCGAAAAUAAAUCAAGACUACUUACUUGAUGAAGAAGUAGGCGGUCAAAUCAUUACUGAUUAUAAUGAUAACAAUAGAGAAAAACGUAACCAAGAACAUCGUGGACAUCAUCAUCAGCAGCAGCAACAGCAUCAACGUUAUGAUAAUAUAAAGAAAAAGAGAAAUCUUUUCCCUAUACCUGAUCCACAUAAUGAAUUACAUGUUCAACACUUAUAUGAUUAUCCUCUUCAUGAAUAUAUCGAUGAUGAUGAUGAUAAUAAUAAUGAUGGUGAUGACGACAACAAGAAUAUAAUACUAAAUGAUUCUGAACAAAAUAUAAAAAAACAAUUAACUUUAGAAAAGAUACGUUUAUUAAUUUUAAGACAAUUAAUAAAACAACAAAGGGAAUCAAGAGAAAAGGAACAAGAAAAAGAAAAAAAAGAGCAUGAACAACAUCAUCUUCAUCAUUAUGAUCAUUCUCAUGAUAAUAAUCAUAAUGAUUAUUUACAACUUGAUAAUAAUGUUAUCCCUUUACAUAUAAUUAAUCAAUAUCCAAAUCUAUAUAUUGAUCGGCCAAUAUGGAAAGAAUUACAUAAUCAAUAUGAUAAUGAUCCUAUUUAUGAUAAACAAAUCAAUCUUGAUAUGAAUAAUAAUGAUAAUAAUAAUUACGAAAAGGAUCAUUAUGGAAUAAAAUAUCAUUUAUGGAAAGGAUCUCAAUUAAAUUCAUUAGAUAAUGAUGAUUCAAUACUAUUUAAAUAAGUCAUUAUCAAAGGAAAGAACCAAAGUAACAAACAUUG